UUGUUUGCGAUUUUUUUUUUUGCACAGUUAUUCGUUGCUGUUUAUGUUUUGUUAUAAUAAACGCGGAUUUUUUAGUUUAAUAGUAUUCAUUUUAAAAAUUACCUUUUAAAAACUUAAAAGCAAGAAAUAUUCAAACAAAAAUUGCUCCAAAACAUGUCCACCACACAAGCUACCAAAAAUUGCAUCACUUUAAAGGGUUCGGCACAAAUUAUAGCAGAAUACCUAAAAUACGGCAUCAAUUCCAUACUCUUUCAAAGAGGCAUCUAUCCGGCAGAAACAUUUGAAAGUACACAACAGUAUGGUUUAACAAUACUCAUGUCCAAAGAUCCCAAAAUAGAGGAGUUUUUGCAAAAGGUGCUUGAACAAACAGAAGAAUGGUUGGCCAAAAAUAUGAUCAACAAAAUCUCCAUGGUCAUAACAAAUGCCCAUACCAAAGAAGUUCUUGAGUGUUGGGAUUUCAAAAUGAAUGCCGAACUGGGCGAUGGUGAUACCAGCGAUGCCAGUAAAUUGACCUCUUCCAAAGAACUGAAACGCAUACAGAAUGAAAUACGUGAUGUUAUGCGUCAAAUAUCGGCCACUGUUACCUAUUUGCCAUUAUUGGAUUGUAUUUGCACUUUUGACGUUAUGAUCCAUACGCUACAGACCUGUGAUGUACCCGAAAGUUGGGAUGAAACUGGUCCUGCAUUUAUACAAAAUGCCCAAGCCGUACAAUUGCGUUCCUUUUCCACUGGCUUACAUAAAGUCGAUACUGUAGUUAAUUAUAAAAUGGCUUCAUAGAAUUCCUAGUGGUCGUUUUUGGGGGUACGGAAACAAUUUCAAUAAUCAUUACCAUUAUUAUCAUCAACUUCAUUUUAUGUUGCCGCGUCUUUUAAAGUAUGUAAUUUAUUUUGUGUGUGUUCUAUUUUAUAAAAUGUAAAAAAAAUAUUGAUAUUUGACUCUUAAAA